AUGGAACAAAUGAAAGCUGUCAGGCUCACCACUAGAGACGGGAAAAGAAGCCCCGAGUUACGUCACGAGCCUAUCCCGAAGCCUGAUCGUCACCAGGUGCUUAUUCGCGUUCAUGCCACGUCGCUGAACUUCCGUGACCAGGCUUUGUUGAGCCAUCAACCUAUCGUGGCCACGUCGAAGGAUAUCGUGCCUUUAUCGGAUGGUGCUGGCGAGGUGGUCGCUAUUGGUGAAGAUGUCUCGCGUGCCAAAGUCGGCGACCGUGUCGCCGCUAAUUGCUUCGUGCAUUGGAUCAGCGGCCCAUUCGUCCCCGAAUAUCAGACAGCCAGUCUCGGCUUGAGUACAGACGGAAUGUUGACCGAAUAUGCAGUGCUGCAUGAAAACGCUGUGGUCCAUCUGCCGGCAUCUAUCUCCUAUAUCGAAGCUGCCGCUCUUCCUUGCGCAGCCGGUGCCGCUUGGUCGUCGCUUAACCUCGCCUCGCCCCUCCAGCCGGGUCAGACGGUGCUGAUCCAAGGUACGGGCGGUGUUGCCCUUUUCGCUCUUCAAAUUGCGAAAAUGUUUGGUGCUCGAGUCCUAGCGAUCACAUCUUCUGAUGAAAAGGCGGCAAAGCUCAAGGAGCUUGGCGCUGAAGCCGUUGUCAAUUACAACACAUUCCCUGAUUGGGACCGCGAAAUUCUCGCCCUUACCGAUGGUCUCAGGUGUUGA